AUGUCGUUCGAACACCAGAUAGGCGCUGCUAUGCAUUCUUUGCCUGGGCUUUCCAUGGCCAUCCUUCCACCUGCCCAUCUUCUGGCCUAUUCCACACUGCUCGGGACCGAGCUGUAUCAGAGUUUCGUAAUGACCAAGGUGGCCUAUCAAGCCCUCCCUAGAUCAGCGUUCACGACUUUGCAGAAGCGCGUCUUUCCGAUAUACUUCCAAAGCCAGUCAAUCCUUCUGCUCCUCGUCGUAGCGACAUUUCCGCCUCAUGGGCCGAUUUCAAUGUUUGGAGCGAGAAGUGAUUGGAUCACUCUCGUUAUUGCUGGAGUCACUGCGGGAUUUAAUCUGAUUGUAUUGGGGCCAAGAACAAAACAAUUGAUGAUCGAAAGGGUACACCAAUCAACUCGCGAUGGCAAAGCGCAGCUCAACAGAACCAUGAGCGACGACAUGAAGGUCCUUAAUCGGGCGUUCUCUAGGGCCCAUGCGAUGAGUAUACAUUUGAACCUCCUUACGAUCGGAGCAACGCUCUGGUACGGCUGGCGAUUGGCAUGUUUUUCUGCCGGCAAGGAAUGUACUUGGGCCGAAGCGCCACGAAGGGCCAGGAAGCUGCGUGCGCCCUCCCGAAUUGCGCAGGUCGAGCAGAAGAUCGAUGGCCUCGUAGCUAAACUCGUCCAUGUGGCUGCUGACAAUGAAGUGGCAACCGACUCUGCAAGUGCAUCGCAACCGACUCCUGGAGAGACGAGAGCUGAGGCUUGGCGAAAUCGGGGAGCACUCAACGUUGCGCCGGGAAGUUGGAUGCCGACGCCAUCUUUCGAGCUCAACGCCAUGCAAUCUGAGAGAAAUACUCAGGACGCGUCAGACAGUGCUGAGGUUGAUCGGCAGUAUCUCGAGAGUAUCCGCAGCAUACACAGAUUCAGUGAUGAUCGUGAAGAUGUCCCACAGGCUCUUGACGGCUUCUUUAGGCCUUCAAAACGUCCUGAAGCUCCCAUCGAACACGACAUUGUUAAGCAAUUGCUCAUAUCAGGUGAAGCUGAUGUGCUGCUAAAUGACUUUCGAAACAUGUCGGCAACGUUCCCUUUCGUGAUGCUACCGCCGCAGAUCACAAGUAAGCAGUUGCAUGAGAGCAGGCCUAUGCUCUUGCUGGCGGUCCUUCUGGUGUCGUCGUGGAAAGACCACACACGCCAGAUGCAGCUUGAUAGCAUAUUUCGUAUGGAAUUUGCUAACCGAACCAUCAUCCAACCGCGAAGGACGUUGGGUCUAGUCCAAAGUGUAUUAGUCUACCUGUCAUGGUAUCACUUUGUUUUCAGCCACAAAACACAGCAGAUCUUCUUUUUGCACAAUGUCGUAAUAGGACUGGCUCUCGACAUUGGUCUGCACCAAGACUUCCAACCUAUAGGUUCUCCAAUGCCGCAGCGACCCAAAGCUCCACCACCACCACCUAGGGAGCAACGCGAGAGACACCGUGCUUUUCUGGGUUGUUAUUACCUCUCUUCCAUGGUUGCUGCAGGUUUACAGAAGCCAAAUUUGCUAAAACAUACCCCCGUUAUGACAGAGUGGGCGCAGAGCUUGAAGCAGGAUCGAGAGUACGAAACCGACGAGACCAUUAGCCUCCUAAUUUCCUUACGGCAAAUCGAUGACCAAGUGCAAGAUGCGCUAUUCACAGCUGAUGCUUUGCAACUGCCCCUGUCCGACGGGCGAGCGUUGAUGCAUGUACGAUUCAUAGACGUACAACUCGAUUCGUGGAAGAGAGAGUGUAGCUGCGUCGCAUCACAAAGACUGCUCGAACUUUCUUUCUCGUAUACCAAGAUGCAACUACACAGCGUAGCCCUCCGCCCGUCACCUUCGGAGUUACCCGCGUCGGUACGUUCAUCGCAGAUCAAUAGUUUGCUCUCAGCUCUAGAGGCCGGCAAAAUGUUCCUGGAUACACUUCUUUCAUUUCCAGCUCAGGAGUAUCACUUGAUAUCGUUUUCGGAAUGGAUGCGUUUACCAGCGGUGAUCAUGACCGUCUCGAAACUAUGCAUACCGACUGAAAACCAUGUGGCCAUUGGCUGGGAUACCCAAGCCGCCCAGGAAAGGGUUCGCCUGGAUCUUUGCCUCGAGUCACUAUGCUAUCGGAUGCAGACUCUAUCAACAUUCGACAAGAUAAAGCGGCCACACCCUGACUUCUGGUACGCUAUGCGUAUGAUCAAUGAUCUGACAAAAAAUUGGUACAUCCGCAAGAUCCGACCCGAGAGGCCUAGCCAGACACCGCCAGUACCUACACCCAGCGGCUCAAUCGAGCAAAGUGCAAGCGAAAGCUUAUGUCCUAUCACCGGCGCACCAAGAAUGCAUUCAACCCACCAUGCGGGCGAUCAAUACAACAACUUACCGGGCACCCACUACAUGGAAGAUUUCAACAUUGAUAUGCCAGCCGAGAACGAGGCUAACAGUGACCCAUUUGCGCUCAUGAGGAGUGCUGAUUUCGACAUGGGGCAGUUCCUCGACAUGGCUGGAGGUAUCUGGGGUGAUGAAAGCUACAACAACUAUAAUGGCAUGGCUUUCGGAGGUGGUGCAUCAUUCUGA